AUGGAUGCGGUUAUCUCUUCUAUCUCUGCCACGAGCCUCGACUCACGCCAAUACACGCAAACACCACCUCAACAGCAUGCAACACCACAUAUUUUCACAUUACCCAUGUCACUGCCAGUGCCCACAGAAGCAAUACCAAUUUCUUUCCAUGAAAUAUACAACUACGGGCCAGAUCAUGCCUGGCAAUCGGAGAAUUUCUACGAUCCGGGCCUUACUAUUGACCUGAAUGUGACAGAUACGUUUCGAUCAGAAGACGACUUUUUGCCUCACACACUUGAUCCGAGCGUUGUCCCGGGUCCAAUGGAUUCACCACUGGAUAUUGGAUCCGAAGUUCUGAUUGGCACCGAAGCUGGGAGCCCAAACAUUUUACGCGAAGACUCGCGAGAAUCUGUCUGUUCGAGUCACCCUAGUACAAACAAUCACAACCGCACCUUUUGUGAAGUAUGCGAGCGGGACAAAAAGGAGCAGAGAAGGAAGGAACAAAAUCGCAAAGCACAACGCAAUCAUCGACUACGGAGUGAGGCAAAGGUGGAACAAUUAAGAGCAAGGCUACAUGCACAGACCGAGGAGAUAGCGGCAUUAAGAGAGAUGAACAGGCUGCUACAGCUCGACCUUGACGAGUGUCGAAAGUCAACUGAGGAAAGGGCCGCUUGAGAAGUGUGGCUCCUUGGAGUCGUUGGGAAUGCUCUGACAACUAUCCGCUGGAAGGCAGUCGAAAUUCAAGGCGACGUCAAGCUUGGACCAUGGUGACAGCGAUACCGUUCAUCUCAGUCUCCCGCUUACUAGGGGUCUGCGGGGACGUCAAGGAAUCAAUUGGCUGGUGACACACCAGAAGAGAUAUUCACAUGUUAAGGCGUUGGAAGUUCUCGAUUCGGAAACAGGGUUGAAUGGGCCAG